GACACCCUAGAAGUAGAAUCUAUAUAUGCUCUAAGUAAAUGAUUUGUUCGUGAGGAAAUACCAGAGCAACAAGUUAUGGUGUUCUUAUUGCAUCUUCCCUUUUACUCUCUUCCCCUAUUGUUCUUCUCCAUAUUCUUCCUUUUCAAAUGGUUGUCCACUUCACAACCCCAAAGAAAUCUACCACCUUCUCCACCAAAGUUCCCAAUUAUCGGAAACCUCCACCAACUUGGCGUGUUCCCUCAUCGCUCCCUCCAAUCACUAGCGCAAAAAUAUGGCCCCAUCAUGCUGCUUCACUUCGGCAGCAAGCCAGUUCUAAUCGUCUCCUCUGCUGAUGCAGCUCGCGAGAUCAUGAAAACCCAUGAUCUCAUCUUCUCAAACAGACCUAAAUUGAGCAUUGCCAGUAGAGUUUUCUAUAAUAAGGACGUCGCAUUUGUUCCUUAUGGAGAGUAUUGGAGGCAAGUAAAAAGCAUUUGUGUGCUUAACCUUUUGAGUAAUAGACGAGUUCAGUCUUACCGUGGAGUGAGAGAAGAAGAAACAGCACUUUUGAUCGAGAAGAUCAAAUCAGCUUCUUCUUCUUCUUCUUCACCAGUGAAUCUGAGUGAAAUGUUGGUUUCACUUACGAAUGAUGUAGUUUGUCGGGUAGCCUUAGGGGGGAAGUACAGUGAAAGCUCAAAAAGUGGUAGGAAGUUUAAGGAUCUUUUGGGGGAUACUGCGGCACUAUUGGGUGAAUUCAGUGUGGGGGACUAUAUCCCUUGGCUUGUGUGGUUGAAUCAAAUCAACGGUGCGAAUGGUAGAGUCGAGAAAAUUGCUAAAGAGCUCGACGAAUUUUUGGAGGGUGUGAUUGGAGAUCAUAUGGAUAGAAAGGAAAAAGAGAGCAAUGGCGAUAGGAGUGUUGAUCAAGAUAAUCAACAGCAGGACUUCGUGGAUGUCUUGCUUGAUAUUCAAACAGAAAGCAAGGUCAUGGAUGACUCUCUUCUUCAUAGGGACAGCAUCAAAGCUCUCAUCUUGGAUAUGUUUGGUGCUGGAACUGAUACUACAUCCACAGCUCUAGAGUGGACAAUGACUGAACUCUUAAGACAUUCACAGGUCAUGAAAGAGCUACAAAAUGAGGUGCGAGGAAUAACCAGAGACAAACUAGAAAUAACGGAGGAUGAUCUAGAGAAAAUGCAAUACUUGAAAGCAGUGAUCAAGGAGUCUAUGAGGUUACAUCCGCCAAGCCCAUUACUAGUUCCCAGGGAAUCAACCCAAGAUGUCAAAGUAAUGGACUACGACAUUGCAGCUGGCACACAAGUGUUUAUUAAUGCAUGGGCAAUUGCGAGAGACCCAUUGCUGUGGGAAGACCCUGAAGAUUUCCGGCCAGAGAGGUUCUUGAGUACUUCUGUAGAUUUUAAAGGGCACGACUUCAAGUUUAUUCCAUUUGGAGCUGGCCGUAGGGGUUGUCCCGGCAUCCAAUUUGCCAUAAGUGUCAAUGAGCUUGCACUAGCAAAUCUUAUUCAUAAGUUUGAUUUUACAUUGCCAGAUGGGACAACAGAAGAGGAUUUUGACAUGACUGAAGCCCCUGGUAUAAGCGUCCACAAAAAAUAUCCUCUACUUCUUGUUGCAACGCCAUAUUCUUUUGCUAGUCAUGUACUUGCUCCAUAAUGGAUGGAAAUUGUACUUUGUAAACCUUUAUGACCAGUAUAAAAAAUAAGUGUAUGCUUAAAAUAAUGGGGGGCGAUAUUCCUACUUCACUUUUCUAAGAUUGUACUACACUCUUAAAGAAAACGUCACUUCUUUCCCUAAUUUUAUAAAUAAAUAAUUUUUUUUUUU